UGAGUCGCUGUUCAGUCGCUGCAGAGAUACGAUAACGAAUUGUCGCAAAGUUUCUAAACGCGCGCAUUAAAACAAACAAAGAAAGGCAAAACUUGCACUCAGCGCCGCAGAAAUUCGCAGAAAUUCAAAAUUGUUUUGAGUUUUUGUGCUCAAAGUUUUUGAAAGCCAUUUUGGGACUAGGUGUGUGUGUGUGAAUGCAUACCAGAAAUAUAUGUGAAAUCUUCAAUAAAGUUUUGCUGAUUUUGGAAACAUUUUAGCAAAAACACCUCAGCAAGUUGUCUCAUCAAAACCAUCGAACAAUAUGCGACGAUUCGGAAAACUACCACUCAAUCUCAUCGUUCUACUUUCUGGGCUCGUUUGUAUUAGUCUAACUGAUCUUGCAAGCGCUUAUAGCCAAGUGAUCACCGAUACAUAUAGCCAGACCAUAGCCGGCGAUGUUAUUGUUUACUUAAACGCAACAUACUGGCGUUGCGAUCGCGUCUUAUGUCCUGCAGGCACUGAUCAAUGUGUGGUGACGAAGUCUAGAUCGCCUACAGAACCAAACGAUUUAAUCCGUAGAAAUAUAUGUGUGUCCUCCACCGACGAGAGGCUUAUCGACGAGGCUUUCACUGAACCUAUAAAACCAUAUGAAAAUAUCAAUUUGAAACUGGUUGUGAGCAGCAGCGGUGCAUCUGUCGUACAAGAAUCAUCCUACUCGAAUACCUAUACAUCAUAUUCACGCGAUUCUGCAACUGUGAAUGCUGCAGUAAAUGCAGCUGAGCAUGCAGCCGCCGAUGCGGUUGCGAAUGCCGCUGCGAAUACUGCCCAGAUUAAUCGUCAUAUCGCUAGAACUCUACAGCAGACCGGUGAAGCAGUGAGACGAAGUCUCCAAGAAGCUCAUCAAGAUUUUAUCGAAGCAUUCCGAAGUGCAGGCUUUUGGGGAAAAUAAGGAAGUAAUAUGGAAGACGGGGAGUGGAUCUUGCAGGACACUGUUUUCAGUUUAAAAAGACCUAUAACUUAUAACCUAUAAAAUCUAUAUGUAUAUAACUGUUACGAGUAUAAUAAAACCACUUAUAUAGA